UUUAUCUACUACAAAUAUCAAUAAUCAAAAUUCUCGAAAAAAUAGUUCAAUUUAUAUUUGUGGCGGUUUUGAUGAAACUGGAUAUACAUCAAAAUGUUAUCAAUAUAAUCAACACACAGCGGUUUGGCAAUCAAUACAAUCAAUGUCUAUUAAUAGAGAAGAUUUUAGUUUAGUUUCAUAUAAAAAUCAAUUGUUUGCAAUCGGUGGCUACAGUUCUAUAAGUAGUGUUGAAUCAUACGAUACUAUGACAAACACAUGGAAAUAGGUUGCAUCUCUGAGAUUAUCAAUUAUAUAGCAGCUGCUGUACUCAAUGACACUAUAUAUGUUUGUGGCGGUAGAAAUGAUCAUUAUCUUAAAGUAUGUGAAUAUUAUUCACCAGAUAUUAUGGAUGAAUGGUAUUUUCAGACACCAAUGUCUAUUGAACGACAGGGUCUGGAACUGGUAGCCCAUAGUGAUGGCUAUCUGUAUGCUAUCGGUGGUCAUAGUAAUGAUGAUUACUUAAGUACAAUGGAAAGAUAUGAUACACAAACUAAACAAUGGACACCAAUGGGUAAUAUGCAAUCAAAACGAUAUUAUUUUGGUUCGGCAUCAUAUAUGGACAAAAUAUAUGUUUGCGGCGGUUCGGGUAAUAGUGAUUCGAAAACAUGUGAAUCGUAUAAUCCGAAAACAAAUCAAUGGACACCAAUUGCAUCAAUGAAUGAUCCAAGAUCUUACCAUAGACUAAUAGUUUUUGAUGAUGUUUUAUAUGCUAUGGGCGGCGAACCGCUUACAAAUACCGUUGAAGUAUACGAUUAUCAAUUGGAUCAAUGGUAUCAUUCGCARCCAUUACCGGUUAAAUUASMWGAAUUUGGGGUAAAAUAG